CUGAAGAAUUACAAAAUGUAUUUUGAUUGUUUUAUUUUUCCGUGUAUUUUCGCGUCUAAAUUUUCUCCAGAUAUCCAAUAUCCCUAGCGAUAUACUAGAAGUGCAUCGAGAACGACAAUAGUAACGAUGAAUUAGCUGUAUCCCCUAGCAGAGCGGUGAGUAAAGUAUGCAGUAAUUACGCGCCAAAAGUCAUUGUACAUGGUCGUACUCAAAAGUACAAUCAGUAAAUUAUGGAUAAGAGAAAAUUGAAAUUUAAAGGUGGAUUGCACAAAAAUUUAAUAGGAAGUCAGAUAUCAUCGAAAAAUGAAACUUCUAAAUCUAAAACUCAAAAUAACGGAUGUUCAACAAGUAAAAUCUUGUUGUUAAGUGGAAAAACGUUCUCAAGUCAAAGUCAAAGUAAAUCAUCGAACGAUGGAACAUUCUCGAAUAGUAGUAAAUCAUUCAAGGAAGAAGGAUCAGUACGUAAUAUCAAAAAAACAUCGAAAAAAGAUACACCGUCGCGUAAACGCAAGUUGUCAAACUUUAAUGAGUCAAGAAACAAAGAUGAUGAUGAUGCUGAUGAUGUUGAUGAUGAUUUUGGACUUCCGAUAGCAGAAUCUACAAUAUUAAAGAAAAGACGAGACGAUUCAAAUAUUGUACAACCACAAUGUGAAAAUGUUAAUCGCAAAAGUGCUUUGAUUAAUCCAUCGAUUACUUUACAGAAUAAUGUUAGUGUAACUUCCAAUACGCAAUGUAAAUUUGUUGAAUUUUUACAUGAAUCAGGCGUUAAAUUAAAUCCAGUUGCUCCACAUAUGCUUAGUAAAGACAUUAUAAAAGUUAGACAAAAAAUGAGAGAAUUAUUAAAUUCUAAAAAAUAUGAGAAAGCAAAAUUAAUUGACUUAAUGGAGAAGUAUUUUGAGAAUGAACAGAAUUUUGAAAAUGCACUGGUCAAUAUGGAAGUAUUUGUUAAUAACGAAGUGUCGCAAGUUUUACAUAAUUCGUCUCUUAUAAAAAUCUUAUUGCAAGUCUCUGAAUUACAUCCAGAAAUAUAUAGUAGUCUUUUGACUAAACUCAAUGAAUCUAUACUGAUGGUUGAUUCCAUUGAAACAAUACCCUGGGCUACUUCAUUGUUACAACAAUUCCGUUUCUUGGAUGUUGUAACUAAUUCUGACGCUUUAACUAAUAGUUUAGAACAACUGUUAGAAUCAUGUCCUACAUGGUUUCAAAGUGAAUUAAUUCUAGUUUUACCUGAUAUCGUGACCGAUAAACAACAUCAAAUUGUUGCUGAAAUUUUGGAUAAAGUACUAGAAGAGAACCCUGAAAUAACAAGUUUAAUUCUGAAUUGUAUGAGCAAUCUAAAUCUUGGAAAAGAAUACUUGGAUGAAUAUAAGAAUAAAAUAUUAAACUUGUUGAAAACAAACAUAAAAAUAAAUGCAAUACCAGCAGUUGUGAAAUUUGUUUUAGAAGACUGUACAAAUAUGGAUAUUUUCAAAAAAACCUUAACAGUACUUCGUAAUGUUGACAUACAACCUCUUGUUGGAGAGAAAGUUGUGGAAUGUUAUAAAAAUCAGUUGAAUAUAGUUAAUGCCAUAAAAAUGAAUAUGCUUCUUUCCAAAAAUAUAGUAAAUACAACGAUUACAGUUAUAAAAGAUAUUACCCAAGAUCCAAAACCAUUAGACAUCAUUCUUUUACUUCUUAUAUUUUCAAUAACGGAGAUAAAAAGGAAAAAUGUUGAAACCAUAUUUAAACAACACAUACGCUCUGGUUUUUAUAGAGCAAGUUUAUUUAGUUCAUUGUAUAACGACUAUAAACAGGUCAUACAGGAGUUACAGCCUGCAGCAUUACAGUUAUCAAGUAAUUUGCUAAAAACAGACGAACGUGUAUUUAUUGACUUUGCUAUUGAUUGGUUUCGCUUGCAGUUCAUAUGCCAUAAAGAAAAUGUAUUUAAACAGCGCGAAAUUUUAGAAAGAAUCAUAUUUCUUAUGGGCGAUAAUGAUCAAACGGUGAAAAAUGCUUUAGCGUUUCUUUGUAAAAUGGUAACAAAAGAAGAAGAGAGACAAUGUUUAGCGCCGCAUUGUAAUCAUCUUCGCAUUUUACUCGAAAAGAUGGAUAAUUUGGGUUUAGAAGAAGUUGGCACAUUGAACGAUUUAUUGCAAAAUUUAUGCAUAAAUUCCAGUUCUAUAUCCGAUGCUUUACGGGAUGAUCUCUUCAUACUUCUUCAGAAACAGUUGUCUAACUUCAAACCACUAAUAAAAUGUAAAGGUGUCUUGGGAGCAGUUAUGGCAAUAAAACAUUUAAUGAAGAAAGCUGAAACUUCUAAUACAGCUUAUAACUUAUUUAAGACAGCACUGAACAAUGUCAAGAAUUGCCCAAGAUCACAAGCAUUAUUUUAUGAUCAAUUAACAAUUAUCAUUUCUCAAACUCAAGAAACUGAUAUAGAGUUUAUAACGAAACUUUCAAAUUACAUUGAAGAAGAAUUUAUUAACACAAAUAUGAUCGAGAAACUCUCUUAUAGUGGAGAAUUAGAACCUAAAUUUGGAUUGAACAGAGCAGAAGAUGAACCACAAAAUUGUGUUCUAACGUUUGAAAAUAAAAAAUAUGGUGCUAUUGUACCAAUUUUGUUUAAACUUCUCAGAACUUGUUGUGUAAGACUUAGUGAAAAUGGAAAUUUAAACGCCAUAGAUUCUCUCUUGGGAUGUGCAAUAUUAAUGCCACAAAAUUUUGACAUAGCUGAAAAUUCAAUUAUGGACUUAAUAAUAUGUUGUAUCAAUUGGUUUCGAGAAGUAAUCAAUGGUUUUGUUAUGCAAAAAGAUACCUUAUUACAAAAGCAAAUAGUAAAGCGACUUGACAAUUUGAUAUAUUUACAAACCGAAUUGAGUACAUUGUUCUCUUUGUGUGAUACAAAAUAUCAACCAUCUCCAUGUUACUUCCACCAUUUUCCAGUACCGCAAUUUGUAAAAAUUGAGAAAAAAGUUGGAAAGAAAGGUAAAAAAAAGAAAAAAGUAUCCGAAGACAAAUCUGUUAAUUCGAGUGAAAUUACAAGCUGGGAAUUAGGUUCUUUAAUUUGUUCUAAAAAUCCAAUGUAUUUUAGAAGAUUGGAUGCAACGAUAGUGCAUCUGUUGGAUAUAAAACCAGAAUUAAAUUCAACACAAUCUACAGAUCAUAGUAUAUCUGUGAAACAGGUAUGUUUCAUUAUAAAAGAACUCCUGGGAAUCUUUGAGCAUGAUAACAGCGAAGAUUUUGUAAGAGACUUAAUUGAGUUAUUACCUAAAAUUUGUUCAAAAUUGGGAGAUAUUGUGGACACUUUGAGAGAGUGUGGUGAUGAUCAAAAUAAAGAAGCUGCUAGAUUAUUAUUAUGUCUCCUAACAAAAAUAUUUAACUGGAAAGGUUUUGAAAGUGUCACUUUCAAUCUGUUAUUACGAGACGGUUUACGAACUUUAGCAUGUCAAGUAGAUAAAAGCAAUGGUAUGUUGCGAUCUUGCAAAGAACUUGUUACAGAAUCAUGUAAAUAUUUUGAGUCUUUAUCGGAUAUUGCUACGCAAAUAUCAUUAGCUAUUUCAUUAAUUAAUAUGUGUCAAUCAUUAAUGAAGCAUUCUGAAUCUUAUACGAAGGAAAAUAAAGAAAAAUAUGCGAAAAUGGCAUUUGGAUUUUUAAGUCUUCAGUGGCCAGAAGACAAACAAUUUAGUCCUCAGUAUAAAAUAGCAGUAAUUGGAUUAUUAAAUAGUUGGAUUGAUAACGAACCAUUACCACUAAACACAGCAACACAAAUUUUGGAAUGGCUUCCAGAUGAAACUUCGAAGUUAGUGAAACCUCAAGACUGUUUAAGUAGAAUACCAUCGAUAAAAAGAAAUAACUUCCAUUUCUUAUUUAAGAAAAUAUUUGAUGGUCUAAUAAAUGGUGUGAAAGUAGCACUACCGUUAAUUAACAGAGAUCCAAAAAGAAUAGAAUUAUGGUUUGAAGUUGCAGCCAACGUUCAAAAAUUAGUUCAAAUAUCUAAAACUUUGACUACAAAAAGUAAUAUAUUGAUUUUUAUGAAACAUAUGCCCAUGUUAUUGAAAUAUUUUUUAAACUUUGGAAUGCCGGUUCUUGAGUACAACUUAAAGUAUCAAACAGACGAUGUUACCAAAAUAUUGAAAAUGAUGCAGGGAGGCACACGAUAUUUACACACAAUAUGUUGCGAUAGCGCGGAAAAGAAAGAUCUUACAUUAACAAAACACAUUCCUGCCGCCAAGUCUGUACUAGAAAGAUUACUUUACAGUGUAAAAGGAAUGUUGGUACUUAAUAAUAGCCCUGCUGCCUUUUGGAUGGGUAACCUUCUUAAUAAAAAUUUAGAAGGCCAAGAGAUCCUCUCACAGAGUGUAUCGUCAGAAGGAAGUACUUUACCGAAUUCUGAUAUUACCGAUGAUAUAACUAACGUAGCAUCGGAUAUAUUAGAGAGUGAUUCAGACGAUGAUCUUGUUGAAGAUGAUGACUCGUCAUAA